AGUAUUUUGCCGUAUUUCAAAACAAAAGCAUGUGAAUACAUCAAGUCAUGAGUUAAUUAACACUAUAAUAAUAUUAUCGCCAAACCGGCUGUGAUUUUCAACAUGAUUUUGUUUAUUAGUAACUGUGGGGUACCUUAUCUUGACAAAUGUUAUCUACUAUAAGAACAAUAGUUUUUCAACAGUUUAGUGGUUAUGAUUACUGUAGUUAGAGUGUUAAUGUUUUUAUUAUAAAUUAAAAUUCUGGAGUUAUGCUAAUUAUUGGCAAAAAGUAUGUAAUUUUUUGGCGAAUAAUAUAAGGUCCAGCUCAAGACAUAGUUGCUUCUUCAUAUCGAUCAUUUGAUUUUAAAAUGGACACAAGUGAUAGUGGACACAGCGACAUUGGGGAAGAACUUGUACAACACGAUAAACAUGGCUUGGGAUACCAGAAUACGUUGAUGUAUGGCCGGUAUAGCCGGCAAUUAGGAGAAUACGCAAAACUUGAAGCAUUGAAAGCACAAGAAAAACAGAGAAUAAAAGAAGAAAAAGCUCGAAAAAAGGAACUCAGAGGUUAUCAAGGAAAAUUAGUCAAAUUUAUAUCUUUCUUAUGGAGACAUACAUUUGCCAGAUUGGGAGAAGAUUGGGUUUUCUUAGCUCUUUUAGGUGUAAUCAUGGCUUUUUUAAGUUUUUUAAUGGACAGAGGAGUGUCGAUGUGUAAUAAUGCUAGACUGUGGUUAUAUAAAGACUUAUCUCAUCACCCCGGUAUACAGUAUCUCGCUUGGGUCAUCCUUCCUACGACUUUGGUUCUAUUUAGUGCUGGCUUCGUUCAGCUUGUAGCACCACAGGCUAUAGGUUCAGGCAUACCAGAAAUGAAAACUAUCCUCAGGGGUGUCGCUUUGAAGGAAUAUUUAACAUUCCGAACGCUUAUUGCCAAAAUUAUUGGUUUGACUGCCGUAUUAGGAAGUAGUAUGCCGGUAGGAAAAGAAGGUCCUUUCGUCCAUAUCGCUAGUAUUUCAGCAACGUUGCUUAGUAAACUAGUGACUGGAUUCCAAGGUAUAUAUGAAAAUGAAAGUAGAACCACCGAAAUGUUAGCAGCUGCGUGUGCUGCUGGAGUAGCGAGUUGUUUCGCGGCACCUGUAGGAGGUGUUCUUUUCAGUAUAGAAGUAACUACAGUUUAUUUCGCAGUAAGGAACUAUUGGAGGGGCUUUUUUGCAGCAGUUUGUGGUGCAUCUACAUUUAGACUUCUAGCAGUUUGGUUCCAGAAAGCUGAAACAGUAACUGCAGUUUACAGAACAAAUUUCUAUAUGGACUUUCCCUUUGAUCCUCAAGAGCUGUUUGUUUUCGCAUUACUAGGAGCCUUCUCUGGUCUUGGUGGAGCUUUCUACGUAUGGGUGCAUCGCCAGUACGUAAUUUACAUGCGAAAGAAUAAAAGUCUCAACAAAUUUCUUAGCAAAAAUCGCUUUUUGUAUCCGGGCAUCAUUUCCCUUCUUGUAGCAAGUCUUUCUUUUCCGUUGGGACUGGGUCAGUUUAUAGCAGGAGAAUUGACAACCCAUGAACAAGUAGCUGCACUGUUUAGCAACGUUACUUGGACUGACGAAAAUGUGACGAUAUCCGAACAGCAAAUGAUUGAUAAAUGGAAAACGCCCUGGACUGGAGUUCUAGUCAAUUUAGUGUGUGUUUUGAUAUUUAAUUUCAUUACGUCUAUAGUAUGCUCAACAUUACCAGUACCAAGUGGCAUAUUCAUCCCAGUAUUCAAAAUCGGAGCUACCAUUGGUAGACUUAUUGGAGAAUUAAUGCAUUUGUGGUUUCCAUCAGGAAUGCGUUAUGGUGGUAAAGUAGCUAAGAUAAUUCCUGGUGGGUACGCUACAGUUGGAGCUGCGGCAUUCAGUGGCGCCGUGACCCACACAAUUUCUGUAUCUGUGAUAGUUUUUGAAAUGACUGGACAAAUUACGCAUCUUAUACCAAUAAUGAUAUCAGUUUUAAUAUCUAACGCCAUUGCUAGUCUUUUAGCACCGAGUAUAUAUGAUAGCAUUAUAGUUAUUAAGAAGUUGCCUUAUUUACCAGAUUUGUUGCCAAGUAUCAGUGGUAUUUAUAAUAUUUAUGUAGAAGAUUUUAUGGUGAGAGAUAUAAAAUAUAUAUAUUAUGGAAUGACUUAUGAUCAAUUGAAAACUAUUCUAAAAGAAAAUAGAAGACUCCAAAGUUUUCCGUUAGUUGAUAAACCUGAUAGUAUGGUUCUUCUGGGUUCCAUACGAAGACUUCACCUCAUACAAUUGAUAGAAAAACAGAUUGGGAGAGAACGAAGAAUGCAGGUAGCAGCUGUACGAAAAAAAGAAGCUGAAGAAAAAGCUAAAGAGGAAGAAGAGAGAAAGAGACGCCCGUCCAGAUUUGAAGUAGUUCCUGCCCCAGAUGCGCUCCAGAAACAAACUUCGUUAGAUUUAGAAAAACCUCUUUUCAAUCCUGCAUAUGGCUCCCAACCCAAAAAAUCGAUACUUAAAAAAACUAGUUCUGUAACUCUGAAAGGAUUCUCGCCAUUUUCAAGUAGUAGUCCUACAAGUACUCCAUACUCUACUGUAACUGGAGCAGAAAGUAGAUUUAAAUCAGCUUUUGAUUCCAUAUUCCGAAAAAGUUACUUCGGAGGAAGUGAAGAAAGUGCCAAUGGUAGUUUAUUAAGAACAGCUUCAUGGGGCAGAAGACCUCAAAUAUUACCUCUAAGUCAACAUAGCUUUAAAAAAGUACAAUUGCCAAAAGAACGUGUAUGUGAUAUGAGUCCAGAAGAUCAAAAGAAGUGGGAAGAAGAACAAAUGUCUCUACCGGUAGAGUUCAUUUGCCAUAUAGAUCCUGCUCCCUUCCAGUUAGUAGAGAGAACGUCUCUAUUGAAAGUCCAUUCCAUAUUUUCCAUGGUAGGAGUGAACCACGCCUACGUAACUGCUAUAGGAAAACUUGUUGGUGUAGUGGGGUUAAAAGAACUUCGACAAGCGAUCGAAGAUGCUAACGCUGGUAAUUUACCAGCCAGUGUACUUGACAUAAAUGGGGGAAUAAGUGUAAACGAUGUGAAAGAUGAUGUAGGUGAACCUUCUAAUACUACAAGUUUAAUGGUCGGUGAUUCAGAAGUGUAAUUAUACAAUUUUCUAAAAAAUCCAACUUUAGCUGGAAUUGGAGAAUGUUCCAAUUUUUAAUUUGAGAAUAUGUUCAGUUAGCUCAAUGAUUACAAUAAUAUACCAAAACCAUGUCUGAUACUGCAGUCUAAGCUUAAAAUAUUGGUUCGAUCCAGCAACAUGUAACUGGUAAGACCAGAUAUGCGAACACUUGUUAUUGGAAUCUAACAAUAAACUAUUAUUAUAAAAUCUAAAAUUCAAAAGUUAAUUAUUAUGCAAGAAUAUUUCCAAAUUUUUUUAUUGAGGAUAAAGUAGAAAAAUAGAAGACAAUAAUCUCAAAAGAUUUCAUUUUAAUUUCAAAAAAUAAAAUAAUUCAAUCAGAGUAAACUUGAUGUAAAUUUUUCUUCUACUCAUCUACUAGUGCCAAUAUGUAAUUCAAAAACAGAAUUUACAUUCUCUAUUUUAUAGAUUGUCCUACAUCAAACAUGUCAUAGUUGAGAAUAAGCUUCAGUAUUUUAGAUAUGCAUUUGAUUUUUAAUAUUUCAGUAACAGUUAGGUAGCAAUAUUUUGCGUUCUAUUAAAAUACUGAGCCUGGGUCUUCAACAUAAUUUGCUGUAAAUCAAUCCUCACGUGAUGAUAGGCUGAAAAAAUAUAAAAAUCACCUAACGCAUUAUCUACACAUGGUUUACGAUAUACUCAAACAUUUUUUCCACUUUUUUUACACUUAUUGUUACUCUUCUUUUUAUCUACAUUUCGUAAGCUUGUAUCCACUAUCUCCCGAAUCUACCAUUUAUCUCAAUACAUUUUUGGUUCAUCUCAAGUCCAGUGCUCUAACGACAUGCAUAAUCACCAUUGUUCAACUACCGUAACCUAACCUAACCAUUUUAUCUUUUCCCAUAUAAUUGUUUCUACUCCAUAUUCAUUCUUCUUCGUCUAUUUCUUUUUAUUUUGUAUGCAUUUGCCAGUCCAAAAUUUAAAAGCAAUCGUCUUUCUCGUUUGAUGAUUUUAUUUUCCUCCCUUCUACUCUUAUCUCUUGCAUUAUACAGUGAGGUAGGCAGAUUAACGUCCUGUAUAUUCUGAGCUUGGUAUUGUUUUAAAUGUUCUCCAAUUUCAAUCCUAUUCUGGAAAACAGUAUGUCUUAAAUUUUGGAUCUGUUUUCGAGCUCAACUGGCCAUUUUAGAUAUGUAUGUAUUGGAAAUGAUAAUUUAUAAAUAUGACCAUAACGUGUUUUUAUGUAUAUAUGUUUUUUAAUUAAUUUCAUUCAAAUUGAAAUUUGUAAUUGUAUAUUUCAAGAAAAAAAGGGAAAAGAUAAUGUGGAAAAUCUAUAUAGUUGCUUUUUAUCUUCACAUCAGGUAAAUAAAUGUAAAAAAAUAUGAUAUAGUCACAAAAAAAAUAAAUUUGGUUUGAGAAACACUAAUUUUUUGACGAAAAUGGUUACUGUGCCGUCCAUUGAAAUAGUAAAAUAAGUUGUGAUUUUGUCGGAAUGCAACACUAACACCAUUUUAUGAAAGAGAAAUAACUUCACUACAAUAACUCUAUCUUCUCUUAAAAAAAGGAGAAUAGUUUAUCAACCUAGCUCAAUUGAUAACUUUACUAAAAUUAUUAGUAUCAAACAAUGAUGGGUAUCCUUAUAAACAUAGAUAUGAUAUUAAUGAUCAUAUGUAUUUAUGAUAAAAUAUUAAAGAUACUCAUAUUAUUUAAUCGUAUUCAUUGAUAUGUGUAUUGAACUUAGUUUGAAGCGUGGAUAGAUGGGUUAUGUUUUUGUAAUAUUGAACUAGUGGCGUAGUGUGGACUAAUAUAAACGUGGACAGAUUCGCAUCAGCAAGGAUCGUUUUCUUUUUUUCCAAGAUCUACCUAAUGAAUUCAUCUUAUCAAAUAAAUGCUUUGAUACGACAUGUUUACUAAUGAUAGUAUAAAAAUAUAAAUGAAUGAUGAGAUAAUAUUAAAAAACAUAUAAAUUGGAACAAAAGUUUUAUUUUAUAACUUGAGUGAUUUUAUUUUUGUACAAAAAUAAUGGUCUUCGACUUUUUGUUUUACUGAAGCCUUCGAAUAAGGAUUUGUAAUCAAUUUUUGCUGCUAAAUCUACUUAGAUUGAGAGUUUUGCUAAACUAGAUAGUCGGUCCCGCUUCAUAUUCUCUCUUAAGUAGUUUUUAAUAAUUUUUAACUCCUUUCUGUGAAAGCUGUACUUAUAGGCAUAGUCCACAUAAUUCUAAUACCAAUGUAACCAUUAGAAUAAAUAUCUUCCAGUUAAUGGCGUCUUUCAUGGAGAUAGGUUAGGUUAGGUUUUUCGUAAAGUUAAUAAGAUUCUAUAUCUUUGCUUCCUCCAUCUUGAAGUACUAGAUGUAAAUCAUUACAGUGCUUUAAAAGCUUGAUAUUUCGCAAAGAUUUUAAAUUAUUUAUUUGUACAAGUGCAGUGAAUUUGUGUUAAUGACUUGUAUCGUUAAUCAUUGUAAUAAAAAAAUCAAAUCUGAAUCUACUUUCACGGAAUCAUGGGUCGUGGGCGAUGGCCCACUUCGCUCACGUCUAGCUACGCCACUAAAACUAGUAUUAAAAGAAGUGGUGGAAUAAAUAAAUAUAACUUCUGAAUUGGCAAUUGGUUAAUUUUGCUGAUAUAAACUCAUAUCUACCCGUAAGUCAAUAAUAACAACUUGAGUUGUUUCUCCUACAUUAAUGAUGUGAAUUUCAAAAUAGUAUAAUGACGUAUUAAUUCUCCAUUAGGUAUUUUUUAAUUCCUCCAAUUUUCUUGCCUCAUAUUUUGGAUUAUAUAACAUUUAGAUCGAGUCAUAAAACCUUGUCACAUAUACCUUCAGAAUAGUUAUCCUCAGUAAAGAACGAACAAACUAAUACUCUACUAUUAAUAGUGGAGAAUAACUAUUAAAAUUGUACAGUUUAGUAAAUCCAUAAACAAUUAUCAUUAUUUUAACCUUUCCAUAUAUUCACCCAUUCCACGCUUCAUCAACUGUUCAUUAUAGCUUCUGCUGAACCUGUACAAAGUUAUCUAUAUAUUUUUGUUAAAUACCCUCUUUAAGGAUUAUAGAAUUUGUAUUGAUUGUUACACAAUAUGAACUUUUCACUAUACAAAAAUAUGGUACUGAAUCUUUCAGUAAGUCCUGUAAUUACGUAUAGACGUGAAAUGUUGAUAUUCAGAUUUUAUACUAAUAGUCACAUAAAGUGAUUUAAUUUUAUAACGAUUUAAAUUGUUAUUUCUACGUUAUUGUUACAUUUUUUCGUUAUGUUGAUCAAAUUAUUAUUUAAUAUGGUGAUAUUUGCGAGUUGUGAUCAAUUUUAGACAUAUUUUGAAUAAAGUGAAUGUAAGAGUU